AUGGAUUACCUCAAUAAGUUUACCGGCGGUGACAACAAGGAGCAGAACCAGAACCAGCAACAAAACUCGGGCUCCACCCAGCAGUCCGGCGAGAGCAGCGGCGGUUUUCUCAGCGGCCUCAGCAACAAGCUGAAUUCCGCUGCUGGAGGCGGCAAGGAGAGCGAGAAGAACGAGGACUACCUAGAUAAGGGAAUCGACUACGUUCAGGAGAAGUUCAUGGGCCAAGGCGCUCAGGACAACGAGUCUGCCGUUGAGCAGGCCAAGGACGAGCAGAUCUCCGACUUUAUUCGCGGCCAGUACAAGAGUGCGACGGGCAAGGACAUCCCCAUUAAGGAUAAGGAGACGAGACUUGGUUGA